GGUGUUUUUAAGUCAACCAGGCUCUUCUUUUCGUUCUUCGCCGAGCGUCGUCGUCGUCUAGGGUUUGCUUAUCGUUACUUCUCCGAUCGUUUGAAGGACUUGCAAAUUAGGAUAAAGAUGAGGCCAGUGUUCGUCGGCAAUUUCGAGUAUGAAACUCGCCAGUCGGAUUUAGAACGAUUGUUCGACAAGUAUGGGAGAGUCGAACGAGUGGACAUGAAAUCUGGAUAUGCUUUUGUGUACUUUGAGGAUGAACGUGAUGCUGAAGAUGCGAUUCGCAAGCUUGACAAUUUCCCUUUUGGAUAUGAGAAACGCAGAUUAUCAGUUGAAUGGGCAAAGGGUGAACGUGGCAGGCCUCGUGGGGAUGCGAAAGCCACUUCAAAUCUGAAGCCUACAAAGACCCUGUUUGUCAUUAACUUUGACCCCAUUAGAACAAAAGAGCACGACAUUGAAAAGCACUUUGAGCCCUAUGGUAAGGUCAUCAACGUGCGAAUCAGACGCAACUUCUCAUUUGUUCAAUUUGAAACACAAGAAGAUGCCACAAAAGCCCUUGAAGCUACUCAAAGAAGCAAAAUAUUGGAUAGGGUUGUUUCUGUGGAGUAUGCCUUGAAGGAUGACGAUGAAAGAGAUGAUCGAUAUGGUGGUCGUAGCCCGAGAAGAUCUCUUAGUCCUGUGUACCGUAGGCGUCCAAGUCCAGAUUAUGGUAGGCGUCCAAGCCCUGAUUAUGGUAGACGUCCAAGUCCAGAUAAUGGUCGUGCACGAAGCCCAGAAUACGACAGAUACAAAGGUCCAGCAGCUUAUGAAAGACGCAGGAGUCCAGAUUAUGGACGAAGGAGUUCUGAUUAUGGUAGACAAAGGAGUCCUGGUUAUGACCGAUACAGAAGUCGUUCUCCAGUCCCAAGAGGAAGACCUUGAAGAAACUAUGCAGAAAACAGGAGCUUCGCAAGAAUGGUUUUUCGGAAGGGUAUAUUUUCUAUGUUGUGUUUUGAGUUAGAAGAAGAUGCUUUUUGAUGUUUUGAAAGCCUUAAGUUAAGUUUGGGAUCUUAUGCUGUGUGACUUUAUAGUUUUUAGAAUUGGAAGACUUUUAUCUAAAAGUCAGUAGAAACUUCAUAAUGGCGCUUUGUUACAAUCUG